AUGGCCCUUAACCAUUCUCCAAGUAAAGAUCUGAACAACAUAGUCGACUAUGUUAUGGACGACAGGGUGAAACCCAUCGUUCAAGAUGAAGAAUUCCAAUUAAGAAUGACCUUAGUCAUUACAUCAGGGAGCACGGCUGAAGAGUUAGCAGAAGAAGGAGUGAAAUAUUAUAAUGAUAUCCUACGUAAGAUACCGAUGGAACUUAGGAAACCUGGACGGAAUCUGAUUCGCAAUAUCCGAAAGAAGAAUCAAAAUAUUAAAAACUCGAAACUGCGGCAAAAGCGGUCUUCCGAAAAAAGGGAGGAAGAUGCCAAAUGCAUUGCGAAACUUCGACUACAAAUCCAAAAAAUUCGUACUGUUACAAGAGAUCCUAGGCUGCCGCAGCCGCUGAAGCUUCAACAGAUCGAACACUUAGCGGAUGAGAAUUUGAAAUUGGAGAUCAGCAUAUAA